CAAGUCUUGGUCAGUUUUAAAUAAUGUUGAUGGUCUUCUUCCAACCAACUUCCAUCGAAGUUGCAUCGAACGCGGACAAAAACACAUGCUCAAGUCAUCACCUAAUUUUAAUGUAAAGAGUUGUGGAAAGGAGAGAGAUACCAUGCAACUUCCUACUUCCUAGAAUUUAAAAGCCAUUGCAGAACCAUGAUAUUCACAGCAGCCAGCUUCAUCUGAUCUUUAACCACUUGACUGUUUCCACACAAGACAAAUUUCCGCCGGUAUUAUAUAUAUUAGAACUUGUAGCUGACAUUAAGGGUAAACCCAAAUUGAAUCCUACAACAUGUAUCCUACGGUGCAAGAUCCUCCGAGCUAUUCAGCUGACAGCCAUAUGGUUCCUAUCCCAGCUUCAGGAGUUCCGAACCCUAGCCCUACACAGCCUUAUCCUGUUCACCAUCCAUAUAUUUCCAACAGCUUUCAUCGGGCACCCACUGCUCCUGUACCUGGACAGUGGACUUCUGGUCUUUGCCAUUGUUUCGAUGACCCUGUAAACUGUGCGAUUACUUGCGUCUGUCCUUGCAUCACUUUUGGACAGAUUACUGAGAUCGUGAACAGAGGAUCGAAAUCUUGUGUUUCGAGGGGUUUUCUGUAUGGCCUGCUGUCUUUAACUGGUUUUGCAUGUUUUUAUUCAUGCUUCUAUCGCUCAAAACUAAGGGGCCAGUACGAUUUACCGGAGGAACCUUGUACCGACUGCUUGGUUCACUUCUGCUGCGCCGCAUGUGCUCUCUGUCAAGAAUACAGAGAGCUCAAGAAUCGUGGAUUUGACAUGGGGAUAGGUUGGGAAGCUAACAUGGACAGACAAAAGCGUGGUGUUACUGUGGCUCCGAUAGUGAUCCCGGGAAUGGCAACAUGAUAUCUUUCAUAGUCUGAUCGCUGGCACUGGCUCUGUUCUACUCUGCUGCUUCUUCUGCCUCUGUUUGUGUGCUUGUGCUUGUGCUUGUGAUGUCAUGCGCUGUUGUGCAUAUGCUACCGGUAUUUG